UUCAAAUCAUCCGCGGCGCAUAAACCCGCAUGUCUACCAGAAAUACCAACAAUGGAUGACGGAACUGUACGUAGUGAACCCUGCUUGAGUGGCUCCCAAAUUUCCAUCUCCAAACGUGAACAAUGGAAGAGCCGCUUUGACUUUCUUUUCGCCUGUGUUGGUCUAUCUGUCGGUUUGGGCAAUGUGUGGCGAUUCCCCUACCUUUGCUAUAAAAACGGAGGUGGGACUUUCUUGAUUCCCUACUUUAUCUCCAUCAUCGCGGCUGGUAUUCCGCUGUUUACUCUUGAAGUUACUUUGGGACAACUGACUGCUCAAGGGGGGAUCAUCGCGUGGGAUAUUUGCCCGUUGUUUCGUGGGAUUGGAUUUGCCACCUUAGUGACAAUUUUCCGCCUCAACUGCUACUACAACGUGAUAUUGGCGUGGGGUCUCUACUACCUCUUCUCUUCAUUCACUGCCACACUUCCGUGGACUUUGUGCGGACAAUGGUGGAACACUGAGAAAUGCGACAGCUUUAAUACAAUUAAUGGAACCAAUGGCUCAGCUAAAGCUUACAACUCAUCGGUUGUUAUUGAUUCUGCCGUCGAAUUCUGGGAAAACCGCGUACUUGGUUUGUCAACUGGCAUCGAGAAUAUGGGGCGCAUCCAGUGGCAUCUGGCACUCUGCUUACUUCUCGCCUGGGUUAUAGUAUUUCUCUGCGUAUUCAGGGGAAUCAAAGCAUCUGGUAAGGUCGUGUACUUUACUGCCACCGCCCCGUAUCUCUUCAUGUUCAUCUUACUCGGGCGCGCUGUCACAUUGGAAGGAGCCGUGGAUGGAUUACGCCAUUUCAUCUCAGCGGAUUGGGAGAAACUCAUGGAAUUUUCAGUAGGAUCACAAUCUUCUUUUUACUGGAGAAUAAAAGGCAUUGCUCUACACACAAAUCCGUUAUACAUAACGUUUGGAUUGACGCUGGAUCGCAAAUCUUCUUCAGUUACUCCAUCAGCCUUGGAACAUUGGCUGCCCUCGGGAGUUACAAUGAAUUUCAUCACAACUUCUUAA